AUGGACUGGGGCAAUGUGACGGGCGAGGAGCUGCUCGAUGCGCUGCGCGAGGUGGAGUGGUCCACGCCGCCUCGCCCGCUCGCGGAGUUCGUGCAGCGCUUCUCCGCACCCAAGAACGCCAGCAAGUGGCGCAGCCGCUUAAAGUGCAACGCGUACUACUAUCGCACCAACUACUACAUCCUCGUCUGCUUCAUCAACGCCUGCUGUUUCGCCCGUAACCCUCUCGCGCUAUUCGCCGUGCUCUUCGCCGCCGUCGCCUUCGCCAGCCUCAACGACAGCUUUGCGCUGUCACUCAGCGAGCGGCUCACGAGGGCCAUCAGAAAGAUCUCCCCGCCCCUGGCGGCCAAGCUGCGACCACCGCAACAGCGAGCGGGAGUGAGGGGGCGGCCGUUGAGAGGCGCCGUGUACAUAUGCGGGCAGGACAGACGAGUCGCACUCUUCCUGCUGCUCUUCUUGAGUGCAUGGCUGAACUAUGUGUCACGAGCCUACGUCACCUUUGCUGUUGCCUUCACGUCAAGUGUGCUAUUGGUGGUGGUGCAUGCAACAUUCAGGAGACAAAUGGAGGCGGAAACAUGGCAGGGAGGCAGGGUGCGAAGAGUGCAGGUAGACGUGGCACAUGGAGGUGCAGGGAGGGCCACGCUCAUACGCUGCACUGCUCGCUCAUACGCUGCACCGCACGCUCAUACGCUGCACUGCGCGCUCAUACGCUGCACCGCCCGCUCAUACGCUGCACCGCCCGCUCAUACGCUGCACCGCCCGCUCAUACGCUGCACCGCCCGCUCAUACGCUGCACCGCCCAAAAACGCUGCACCGCCCGCUCAUACGCUGCACCGCCCGCUCAUACGCUGCACCGCCCGCUCAUACGCUCCACUGCACGCUCAUACGCUGCACCGCCCGCUCAUACGCUGCACCGCCCGCUCAUACGCUGCACCGCCCGCUCAUACGCUGCACCGCCCUUUCAUACGCUGCACCGCCCGCUCAUACGCUGCACCGCCCGCUCUUACGCUGCACCGCCCAAAAACGCUGCACCGCCCGCUCAUACGCUGCACCGCCCGCUCAUACGCUGCACCGCCCGCUCAUACGCUCCACUGCACGCUCAUACGCUGCACCGCCCGCUCAUACGCUGCACCGCCCGCUCAUACGCUCCACUGCACGCUCAUACGCUGCACCGCCCGCUCAUACGCUGCACCGCCCGCUCAUACGCUGCACCGCCCGCUCAUACGCUGCACCGCCCGCUCAUACGCUGCACCGCCCGCUCAUACGCUGCACCGCCCUUUCAUACGCUGCACCGCCCGCUCAUACGCUGCACCGCCGCUCAUACGCUGCACCCCUUUCAUACGCUGCACCGCCCGCUCAUACGCUGCACCGCCCGCUCAUACGCUGCACCGCCCGCUCAUACGCUGCACCGCCCGCUCAUACGCUGCACCGCCCGCUCAUACGCUGCACCGCCCGCUCAUACGCUGCACCGCCCGCUCAUACGCUGCACCGCCCUUUCAUACGCUGCACCGCCCGCUCAUACGCUGCACCGCCCUUUCAUACGCUGCACCGCCCGCUCAUACGCUGCACCGCCCUUUCAUACGCUGCACCGCCCGCUCAUACGCUGCACCGCCCUUUCAUACGCUGCACCGCCCGCUCAUACGCUGCACCGCCGCUCAUACGCUGCACCCCUUUCAUACGCUGCACCGCCCGCUCAUACGCUGCACCGCCCGCUCAUACGCUGCACCGCCCGCUCAUACGCUGCACCGCCCGCUCAUACGCUGCACCGCCCUUUCAUACGCUGCACCGCCCGCUCAUACGCUGCACCGCCCCCAAAAACGCUGCACCGCCCGCUCAUACGCUGCACCGCCCGCUCAUACGCUGCACCGCCCGCUCAUACGCUCCACUGCACGCUCAUACGCUGCACCGCCCGCUCAUACGCUGCACCGCCCGCUCAUACGCUCCACUGCACGCUCAUACGCUGCACCGCCCGCUCAUACGCUGCACCGCCCGCUCAUACGCUCCACUGCACGCUCAUACGCUGCACCGCCCGCUCAUACGCUGCACCGCCCGCUCAUACGCUGCACCGCCCUUUCAUACGCUGCACCGCCCGCUCAUACGCUGCACCGCCCUUUCAUACGCUGCACCGCCCGCUCAUACGCUGCACCGCCCGCUCUUACGCUGCACCGCCCAAAAACGCUGCACCGCCCGCUCAUACGCUGCACCGCCCGCUCAUACGCUGCACCGCCCGCUCAUACGCUCCACUGCACGCUCAUACGCUGCACCGCCCGCUCAUACGCUGCACCGCCCGCUCAUACGCUCCACUGCACGCUCAUACGCUGCACCGCCCGCUCAUACGCUGCACCGCCCGCUCAUACGCUGCACCGCCCGCUCAUACGCUGCACCGCCCGCUCAUACGCUGCACCGCCCUUUCAUACGCUGCACCGCCCGCUCAUACGCUGCACCGCCCGCUCAUACGCUGCACCGCCCGCUCAUACGCUGCACCCCUUUCAUACGCUGCACCGCCCGCUCAUACGCUGCACCGCCCGCUCAUACGCUGCACCGCCCGCUCAUACGCUGCACCGCCCUUUCAUACGCUGCACCGCCCGCUCAUACGCUGCACCGCCCGCUCAUACGCUGCACCCCUUUCAUACGCUGCACCGCCCGCUCAUACGCUGCACCGCCCGCUCAUACGCUGCACCGCCCUUUCAUACGCUGCACCGCCCGCUCAUACGCUGCACCGCCCUUCCAUACGCUGCACCGCCCGCUCAUACGCUGCACCGCCCUUUCAUACGCUGCACCGCCCGCUCAUACGCUGCACCGCCCUUUCAUACGCUGCACCGCCCGCUCAUACGCUGCACCGCCCGCUCAUACGCUCCACUGCACGCUCAUACGCUGCACCGCCCGCUCAUACGCUGCACCGCCCGCUCAUACGCUCCACUGCACGCUCAUACGCUGCACCGCCCGCUCAUACGCUGCACCGCCCGCUCAUACGCUGCACCGCCCGCUCAUACGCUGCACCGCCCGCUCAUACGCUGCACCGCCCUUUCAUACGCUGCACCGCCCGCUCAUACGCUGCACCGCCCGCUCAUACGCUGCACCGCCCGCUCAUACGCUGCACCCCUUUCAUACGCUGCACCGCCCGCUCAUACGCUGCACCGCCCGCUCAUACGCUGCACCGCCCGCUCAUACGCUGCACCGCCCGCUCAUACGCUGCACCGCCCGCUCAUACGCUGCACCGCCCUUUCAUACGCUGCACCGCCCGCUCAUACGCUGCACCGCCCUUUCAUACGCUGCACCGCCCGCUCAUACGCUGCACCGCCCUUUCAUACGCUGCACCGCCCGCUCAUACGCUGCACCGCCCUUUCAUACGCUGCACCGCCCGCUCAUACGCUGCACCGCCCUUUCAUACGCUGCACCGCCCGCUCAUACGCUGCACCGCCCUUUCAUACGCUGCACCGCCCGCUCAUACGCUGCACCGCCCGCUCAUACGCUGCCACCGCCCUUUCAUACGCUGCACCGCCCGCUCAUACGCUGCACCGCCCGCUCAUACGCUGCACCGCCCGCUCAUACGCUGCACCCCUUUCAUACGCUGCACCGCCCGCUCAUACGCUGCACCGCCCGCUCAUACGCUGCACCGCCCGCUCAUACGCUGCACCGCCCUUUCAUACGCUGCACCGCCCGCUCAUACGCUGCACCGCCCGCUCUUACGCUGCACCGCCCAAUUACGCUGCACCGCCCGCUCAUACGCUGCACCGCCCGCUCAUACGCUGCACCGCCCUUUCAUACGCUGCACCGCCCGCUCAUACGCUGCACCGCCCGCUCAUACGCUGCACCGCCCGCUCAUACGCUGCACCCCUUUCAUACGCUGCACCGCCCGCUCAUACGCUGCACCGCCCGCUCAUACGCUGCACCGCCCGCUCAUACGCUGCACCGCCCUUUCAUACGCUGCACCGCCCGCUCAUACGCUGCACCGCCCGCUCAUACGCUGCACCCCUUUCAUACGCUGCACCGCCCGCUCAUACGCUGCACCGCCCGCUCAUACGCUGCACCGCCCUUUCAUACGCUGCACCGCCCGCUCAUACGCUGCACCGCCCUUCCAUACGCUGCACCGCCCGCUCAUACGCUGCACCGCCCUUUCAUACGCUGCACCGCCCGCUCAUACGCUGCACCGCCCUUUCAUACGCUGCACCGCCCGCUCAUACGCUGCACCGCCCGCCUCAUACGCUCCACUGCACGCUCAUACGCUGCACCGCCCGCUCAUACGCUGCACCGCCCGCUCAUACGCUCCACUGCACGCUCAUACGCUGCACCGCCCGCUCAUACGCUGCACCGCCCGCUCAUACGCUGCACCGCCCGCUCAUACGCUGCACCGCCCGCUCAUACGCUGCACCGCCCUUUCAUACGCUGCACCGCCCGCUCAUACGCUGCACCGCCCGCUCAUACGCUGCACCGCCCGCUCAUACGCUGCACCCCUUUCAUACGCUGCACCGCCCGCUCAUACGCUGCACCGCCCGCUCAUACGCUGCACCGCCCGCUCAUACGCUGCACCGCCCGCUCAUACGCUGCACCGCCCGCUCAUACGCUGCACCGCCCUUUCAUACGCUGCACCGCCCGCUCAUACGCUGCACCGCCCUUUCAUACGCUGCACCGCCCGCUCAUACGCUGCACCGCCCUUUCAUACGCUGCACCGCCCGCUCAUACGCUGCACCGCCCUUUCAUACGCUGCACCGCCCGCUCAUACGCUGCACCGCCCUUUCAUACGCUGCACCGCCCGCUCAUACGCUGCACCGCCCUUUCAUACGCUGCACCGCCCGCUCAUACGCUGCACCGCCCUUUCAUACGCUGCACCGCCCGCUCAUACGCUGCACCGCCCGCUCAUACGCUGCACCGCCCGCUCAUACGCUGCACCCCUUUCAUACGCUGCACCGCCCGCUCAUACGCUGCACCGCCCGCUCAUACGCUGCACCGCCCGCUCAUACGCUGCACCGCCCUUUCAUACGCUGCACCGCCCGCUCAUACGCUGCACCGCCCGCUCUUACGCUGCACCGCCAAAAUACGCUGCACCGCCCGCUCAUACGCUGCACCGCCCGCUCAUACGCUGCACCGCCCGCUCAUACGCUCCACUGCACGCUCAUACGCUGCACCGCCCGCUCAUACGCUGCACCGCCCGCUCAUACGCUCCACUGCACGCUCAUACGCUGCACCGCCCGCUCAUACGCUGCACCGCCCGCUCAUACGCUGCACCGCCCGCUCAUACGCUGCACCGCCCUUUCAUACGCUGCACCGCCCGCUCAUACGCUGCACCGCCCGCUCAUACGCUGCACCGCCCGCUCAUACGCUGCACCCCUUUCAUACGCUGCACCGCCCGCUCAUACGCUGCACCGCCCGCUCAUACGCUGCACCGCCCGCUCAUACGCUCCACUGCACGCUCAUACGCUGCACCGCCCGCUCAUACGCUGCACCGCCCGCUCAUACGCUCCACUGCACGCUCAUACGCUGCACCGCCCGCUCAUACGCUGCACCGCCCGCUCAUACGCUGCACCGCACGCUCAUACGCUGCACCGCACGCUCAUACGCGCCCGCUCAUACGCUGCACCGCCCUUUCAUACGCUGCACCGCCCGCUCAUACGCUGCACCGCCCGCUCAUACGCUGCACCGCCCGCUCAUACGCUGCACCGCCCGCUCAUACGCUGCACCGCCCGCUCAUACGCUGCACCGCCCGCUCAUACGCUGCACCGCCCGCUCAUACGCUGCACCCCUUUCAUACGCUGCACCGCCCGCUCAUACGCUGCACCGCCCGCUCAUACGCUGCACCGCCCUUUCAUACGCUGCACCGCCCGCUCAUACGCUGCACCGCCCGCUCAUACGCUGCACCGCACGCUCAUACGCUGCACUGCCCGCUCAUACGCUGCACCGCACGCUCACACGCCAUGGAGGCACAUGGAGGUGCAGGGAGAGGGACAGACCUGGAUGAUGACUUUCGCGCAGUCGUUGCAUGGGAACAUUGUCACGUAG